AAAAGUCUACAGAGUUUUGUUAAUGUAUUAUAACCCUUACUACCUUUAGUCUGACCCAAAAAGGGCCAUAAUUUGAAGUACAUUAUGCAGAGUAUCAAAUCAACAUGUACAGGGAUUUUACUAUGUUAUUAUCGCAAAGCCGAGAACUGAUACAGUAAAUUCUUAAUUGUAAAACAUGGCAAAUUGGGGGCGUGCUAAAAAGCACAAAAACAAUAUGUUUUGAGUUCUUAACAAUGAUAUAAUCUAACAGAUGGAUAAACAAGGAAAUCACCAUUUAACGUAUGUCAAGUUUUAUCCCAAAAUAUCAAGAAAGAAGGAAAUACGUAAAGAAAACGUUAAAUUUUAGACAUUAACUGGUACAGUGCCAGUAGAGCGGAUACGGUGCCCCUGUGUGUAAACUUAAGAAAAUACACGAUAUUCAGAAUUUCAAUUUUGGGGGCAUAUCUUUUAUUGAAUGCAUCAGGAAAUGCGAAUUAAUGAAGUAUAGUUGUCAUCUAAGAUUUGUUAGUGAAUGACAACUAAUUUACAAACUUUUAACUAUACAUGUACAAGCGCCUCUUACGAAAUUUAUGAAGACAACUGCAGAUGAUGCACGCAAAUGUCCGUUCUGUACACUGUUGAAGUAACAUUACGAGAUCCACACGUUAGAAGUGGGUUGCUGACUGUCUGUAAUAUCCGCCCGACGGCCAUCGACAAUUUCCGGAUCCCAUUGUCUCGGAAUGUUGUCAUAAAUCAUUUUCUGUUCAGGAAAUCUCUCAACCAGACAAUCUGCUAUGAUCGUGGAUGGAGGGACUGCCCCAAAUUAACAACCCAUGAUAAAGUAAAGAAUGUUCCUAUUUCGAAAACUUCGGUUUUUCUCGCACAGCAAAUGUAAAGAGAGCCAAUCAAUCACAGAUCUGAGUAGCAUUGAUAAUCUGAACGAAGUUGGAAUAAACAACCCGGGAUAUAAUCUAAAAAGAUCAAAAUCAGCGGAGCAACUCAACAUCGAAGUCAGGCCGCCGUUGCAGAGGUCUCAAACAGUUUUUUCAGCAGACGACACCUCAGACCCAAAUGCAGACGGUUAUCUUCAGUCAAGUUCAGAUGUCAUCCAAGUUGGUUCUCCAAAUUCAGUGAGAAGUAGAACCUUUAAACAACAUUCAAACAGCAUAGACUCAAACGCAGACGACUAUCUUCAACCAUGUACAGAUAUUGUUCAAAAUGUGUCCAAUUCGUCAAGGAAAAUUGCUAUAGUCAAUCCUACCACCCAUGUUGUACACAGUGACAAGGGAAAGGACGAAGUGAACGAUCCUUUUGAGGAAUCGUUGUACCAAAAUGUCGAGCCAAUCAAAACUCCCCACUCACCCAGUAAAGUUCUGCACAAACCCAGUAAAGUUGAACAAGUUAAAAAGGAAAAAGGGGAGGAAGCCGGGUCUAUUUACCAAAACGUGGAACCAUUGGUUUGCGAAACGAAAACUUCAGAAAAUGAGAUGAGCGAAUAUCAAAACUUUGUUGUAAAAAGGGAAUCUAUCACAAAACCGACGAAACCUGAGGACGAAUGUGAGUAUGAAUUUGUGCAAAGACCUCUUAUAAGUGACAACGAACAAAAACUGACAAAAGCACAAGACGUCAACGAGGAAGAAUGUCGUGAUAGGACGGACUCCGUUAGUAAAGUGAACCUUCGGAAAAACAGUACCACGAAAACUGGCACACACGAGUCGAAACCGCCAACUUCAGUUAUCAAGCCCAAAAAUUUUCUGAAAAACUUUCCCAACAAAUCAUCAUCAGCAAAGCCGGCGAAGAAGCCGAAACCAGCACGACCACCCCCGCCAAAAUUUUCGGACAACAUGAGCCGGUUCCGGAACAGAUACACUAGCCCGGAUCUUUCGCCCCAACCUCACAACAAAGUACCGGAGAAGAGUCUCUCGAUAGACAGUCAUGUCAGUCAUAACACGAGCGAACCAAAGACAGUCUCGUCCACGGCAGACAUUCGAGGAAAGAUGAUGUUUAGGAACGCCAGGAGUGCCUCCGAACAAAUGCACGUAGUGCGGAGAUCGGACAAUAUCCAUGACUACUUUGACAUGUCCAACAGUCGCCCUGGGGAAGUGGUGCUUGACGACGGUGAUGAUUAUAUGCCCAUGAGUUUAGAGGAUAAGUGUCCGCUGGAUAGACAGUAACGUGAAUAACGUUUCGCGUCAUGGGCAUUUAUUAAAAUCUUGAUCAUGAACGAUAUACAGAUAUAUACUAGUAUGCGACUUUAAGUUAUUGAUAUAAAUACCGGUAUGGGUUUUACAGUUGGCAGUUGCAAAGCAUUAUCUAUUAAACAUAAGAGAGAGAGAGAGAGAGAGAGAGAGAGAGAGAGAGAGAAAGAGAGAGAGAGAGAGAGAGAGA